AUGGCUUCAAGACGAACAGAUGCUCCUGGUAAAACUAAUUAUCUAAGUAAAUGUGUCGGGUGUAAAAGUGUCUAGUGGUAAUUGUAACAAAUAUCAUCAGGCCCUUUAUUCAAAUCUCCCAAGUCUAUUUGUGUUGUCUUUAUGAAGGUCUAGCUGUACCACACUAAAUGCAGACACACAUAAAGAUCUGACUCUGCUCUAGAGAGAAUUGUAAUUGCGCUUCAACAAUACAUCUGUUGGUGACCUAGCAUCUUAUGGUUGCAGUUGUCAGUUUUCUUGCCUGCUAAUGACCAACAACUGCUAACUAGAUAAUGAUGAAUUAAUUACUAAAUUGAUGGAGUUCUCCCCUGAGAUGAAUUCUUCCAUCUGUUCCUGGAAGUAGUUUUUCAGAUUGCCUUCAGGAUUAUGUAUUUCAUGCUACCAUUACUUGACUUUUAAUUUGCUAUUGAGUGAAUUUAUUGAAAUCCGAUGGUUAGUGUGCCUAUUUACCUGAUUAUGGGUGAAAAGGCUGUUUGCCAUUAGUUUGGGAAGUCAUCUCGGCAGGGAUGGAAAAUUCUUCAGAUCCAUAUGAAAUUGAAUGACCAUCCUAAGUACCUAAACAUUUUCUAGCCUGUUUUUUUUUUAGGUUGUGUUUUCUGGGGUUAUUCUGUUUGAACAUCUUUUAAUGAAAAGUUGAUUACCUUCCUGAUCCUAGGUGUCUCAUGUGGGAAAAGAUUCUGAAUAAAUGCUUUAGUGCCAGGGCUUGGGUUUUAGUAAUUCUGGACUAGAUAAUUGCCUAAAUUAAUAGGCAGUAGACUUUUUUGAGUAACAGUGUUUCUAGGAGCUUUGGCCUAAGAAUUUCUAGCUCUAGUAGCACCUUUAGCUCUCUAAUUAUUAGUUGAAAUGGAUCAAGUGCAUUGUUUUGAUCAGUAGUGGUGAACCAGUGGCCAGUGGGCUUCAUCCAGUCCACUAAGUCUUCUCCAGUAGCCCCUAAUUCCCUGACCCAGUGUGGUGCUGCCUUGAGAUUGAGGGGGGCAUAGUACACUAAUGGAAUUUCAUCCUCAUAGUACUGGGCAGAGAGGUUGAAACUACCCUCACAGCUAUUGUCAAUUUCAUUUUUCACCUUGCUUGCUGUUUGUGUGCGUGUUCCCUGGUAUGCAUGUGGUGGCUUGUGCACAGGUGCUCUUGCUUGCCUGCUAUAAGGUGGCCAUGCCUACCUGUGGCAUGUUGCCCUGACGGAGUUGGAAUACGGUGAUGUGGCCUUGGGCCUGAAAGAAAGUUAGUUACAUCACAAUGUUCUAAAAUCCUGUGAUACUGAUGCUAGAAGAUCAUCUUAAUGAAAUAAGUGCUAAUGUGAUCUGUACUACUUGCUUGUAUAAAGUUGACAUUCUAAAAGUGCAGCCUACUGUGAAAUUUUCAUCUCUGUCCUUAGCUAUUGAGCAUGGCUCUGGAGGCUUUCUAGGAAAGAUGUCCCAACCCAUUGGAAUGAACCGUCGGACAUUCAGUUAUGAUGAUGCCCUUGAGGAUACAGCACCAAUGACCCCUCCUCCUCCAAAUAUGUCCACCAAUAUCCUGUGGAAACAGCCAGUCGUCCCAGAACGCAAAUAUGAAAAUAUUUCCAAGGUAUGCAGUCUCUAGAGUGACUAUAGAGGUGGUAUGAGGUGUCCAGUAAAUACCACUUUUAAUGUCCCACUGAAGACGUAAAUCAACCACUGAAAUUUACUGUGCUGAGGGGCAUCAAAUUUGCAUUGCUUUGCUCUUCUGGGUGUAUGGGGUGUUAGGGGAGGUGUAGUACCUCUGGUGGGAGAUGUAGUGUGCUACUUCUGGGGUACUUUGUCCACCUUUGAUUCCCACGCUGCACUCAGCUCUCACCUGUGGCUCCUAGAAGUUAUCAGCAUGUGACAGCCACACCCCGGGAAACAGCUUUGACUGGCCGGCUAAACCAGGUGAGGGUAGCUGAGUGGUCUCAAACCCUUGGUGAGUUAGGGACUUCCCCUACAUGUGAAUACAGGCUCUGGCAGAUUGAGCGGACAAGACCCAUAGUGGGUCCAAGUGUCAAGAAGGCAGUUUCUGCACAUGCUGUAGAGGGAAGUGAGGGGCAGGUGGGGCUCAUCCACCUAGGAGAAGGAAAACCCUGAUCCUAAACCUCUGCUGCCUUGCAGGAUAUCUUCAGGGAAGAAAAAGCUAAGGGGUAAACCCUACACAAAACCAGAAUGUAGUCCCUAAGAUGGUUGGUUGGCACCUUGUACGCCUCCUUCUGGCAACUCCUGAAGCCAAGCUGGUACCAAACGUAUUGCUCUGCUUUCCUUUGGACCACUUCAGCAAGGCUGAGAGUAGGGUCUUGUUGACUGGGCAGCCAAGGACCUCCAUACACAUUGCCCAGGCUUGCACCCCUGAGAGGUCACUUCAGUGCUACUAACAGCUGCUUGGCUUCGCUCCAGAGGCACACGCCAUUUCUCUCGAGUCAAGCAGAUGCCAAUAAUACAGAUGCUCUUCUGAUACUUUUUAUAGCAACAAUUAUUGAGGGAGAAACACUUAUUUUCAUUACAAUGGCUGUAACUGGUCAGAACUGGUGAAAUGUCUGACAAAAAGAGUGUACGUGUCACAACGAAGAGCUGGUAUGAUUUUUUUUAAAAAAACCUAUAGAUUUUGACUAGGGUUAAAUGGCUGUGGGUGGGUGGCAAGUAACAGAUUGUGACCCUGGAUUUACUUUUCAAAAGCAGGGAAUAAUCAGAAAGCCAUAGUUGUUAUCUUAUGAGGAGAACUAGACUUGGGGCUUGGAGUUAUCUUCUGUGCAGGAGAGAAUAUUUUCACCUGUUUUCAUGGACUACAGCGGAUCUGGUUUUUGGUGAAAAUAGGAGUGAUCUCUCGCUUCAUAUAAUGAUAUUUUGAGAUUGAUUAUCUGCUGGAUGCAAGACCAAAGAUUUCUAAAUACUAUACAGAAUUAAAAUGUUAUAGAUGAGAGGGUGGGAAAAUGGCAAGAGCACCAUGUUCAAUCUGUACAGUUCAAGUAUGAUUCCAGGACUCCUUCCCUUGAGGAUCAGGAGUAGUGUGUGAGAUUCUCCUAAGGUAAUUUUGCCCCUUUCUCCUCAAACUGUCCCUGGCUUCCUCUGCACAGGAUGAGGAAGGGGAGACUAGCAUGCAUCCAUCUGCCAUUACCCCCUCAUCUUCCACUGAGACUGUGAACAAGGUUCCUGUAGUGAAGGCCAAGGCCACCCACAUCAUCAUGAAUUCUCUCAUCACAAGUAAGAGCUCUUGUGUUCCUCUAGUAGGCAAGUUACCCUGGAGAUCAAAUUUUGCAAUAUGGUUUAUUUCCCAUUACCAUGUGGGUUAUUUUAAUUCUCUGUGAUAUAGUUGUCUGUUCAGAAAGGCCUUCAAAGAGAUUGGAUCCCCUAAUGGAAAGGGUCAAACAAAAUGCUGUAAGAAUGAAUUUGAUGCUCUACCUCCAUAUUCUGAUCCUCUUUAGUACCUAAAUACUAGCAUGUAACCUAAGGGAAACAGCAUGGAAAUUUAGUUCUUCUUAAGUCCUGCAACACUUCAUUAUGUGUUUUGUGGUAGUGGGACUGUACUGCCAGUUCUUUCUUGUUAGCUUGGCAAACUCAUUCCAUUUGUCCAGUCAAUGUAUUAAAAUGAAUGGCUGUGGAAGAUAAUUUGUUGGCACCUACGUAUGUUUAAUUGUAGCUGUUAAAUCUUUUGGGAAAACUAAAUACACACUUCCAUUGAAUUUACAGUGAAUUAAACAACUUCAUUAGGUUGCUAAUGGUACAUUUCCUCCUCCUACUAAUGGGCAGAUAACUGGCACAUAGACAAUAUGCUUGAAUCAGCAUGCUUUGGAUGUGGCAUAUAUAUUUCAUCAUUUUGAGUCUCUUGUAGUUUUUCUGUUUUGGAAGUCUAGUGAUCACAGCAGAAUGGAAGUCUAGUUCAGGUAUAUUACUUUCUUACAGUAAAACAAUGAAGGAAACUUCCUUUUAUGUUUAAGAAAUAAUUCUGGAAACAUAUUUUAUUAAUAUUUAAAGAUAGCCGUUACAAUUGCAUAAUUUUUCUUUAAAAAAGCUACUAAAGGACAGGGUUGAGGUUUCUGCUCUGAAUAACAGUAGAUUGGAGGAAGGCAUUCUGAAGAUGUUCCUCCUAAACCCUGGUGGCUUCUUUUUUGGGCCCAGCUUCUGAUUAUGUAUGAAUUUAUGCUGCAUUCAUGAGAACAUAACAAAAGUUGUCGCAGUAAAGGUUUAGAACAGGGAUGAGGAACCUACCUGUGACUCAAGAUAAUGUGCUACUGCUUCCAUCAGCUAGCCAAUAUGACCAAUAGACAGUAACAAUAUCUAACAGCACCUGCAGGGCCGCAUGUCCCCCAUCCCUGGUUUAGAAAGUCUGGUUCUGGAACCCCAAAAAUACAGUGAGCUCACUUGUAGGAAGAGCUCAGGGCAAAGGAAAACAUUUCUGUAUAACCAGGCCUUUAGCUGAUUAGACAAUCUAUGGCCUUUUAAAUGUGUUUGUGGGAAGGGGGCUAUUUAUAUUCUCCACCUUGUGAUCUUUGGGUGAAGGGCUGUAUACAAAUUUAAUAAACAAAGCAAUCCUAGAUUAUUUUACUAUACUGGUCUCUCUUUUUAACUUUAGUCCUGUCCUCCCCUUCCAAUCUGCUGGAAUGAUGAAAGUUCCAGAACAUUUUUUAACUGUGCUGUGCGUUGCUCUGGCGCUUUAUAAUAGAUGGCUUAAAGAAAUCUCUCCCUCCGUGCUUUAUCAUUUCUAAUAACUAUAAAGGCUAUAGGAUAUUGCCUUUUAGAACUUUGUUGCAGGCCGUAGUGUUUGUGGCUUGUAUGAAUGUGUCAUGUUGUCCGUUCUAGAGCAAACUCAGGAGAGCAUUCAACGCUUUGAGCAGCAGGCAGGGUUGAGAGAUGCCGGAUACACUCCCCACAAAGGCCUCACUGCAGAGGAGACUAAAUACCAUCGUGUGGCUGAGUCACUCCAUGUAAGGUGUUGGGUCUCACUGUGCUUUAGUAGUGAAUUCCUUAAAUUGGUAUUGGUUGUAAAUUACUACUUUUCAGAACUAAGUGUGGAAAGUUUGCUAAUAGGUGCCAUUGGCACAAUAGAAUCAAGGAUUUUUCCGGUUUGCAUCCUGUUUCAGAGUUUGUGUUAAGAGAGCUUGAAUCUAGUGCCAGUUAAAUAUAAUGUAUUGAGUUCUUGAUCAGUACCAGUGAGGCAUUGGCACUGAAAGUAAUUUAUGUAAAUUAUUUAUUUCCCUGCACUAAAAGCCUAACUUUCUGAGACUGAACAUAUAGAAUUUACUAUUACUGGGAAAUGGGUGCUAUGCCUUUGAAGCGGAAUACAAAGUUCAGUAAUAGAGGGUGAUGAUUUGAAAGAUGGUAUGUCUGAGAGGUAGCUGUAAUUGAGGCAGAAAUGUCUCCAUACAAUCUUGCAUGCAAGUCUCAUUAAUAUGCUGCAUCAUGCUUUUAUUAAGCUUUACCAAUGAAAGAAACAAAAUUAAACUGUGGCUGCUCGCUGUUCACUUGCUAGAAUUGGAAAGCUUCCAACUGUACAUCUUUACCCUUUCUAACAGAACCUAAAGAUGCAAAGUGGAGAGAUGGCAAAAGAAGAUAAACAGGCCUCUUCCGCCCAGUCCACUCCAAGCAGCACUCCCCAUUCCUCUCCCAAGCGCACAUACAGGUACAUUUCCCAAGAGGAAAACAAAGGGCACUUAACUAUGUGUCUAAAUUAAUAGGAAUCCUAGCUUCCUUUUGGGUUUUGUGAAUCCUGUUUGUGGAAUCUGUCCAAUGCUUUUUUGCUGCGUUUUUAAAGAUACCCAGUCUUUCAGUUGUGGGUAGGUAAUGUGGCUCACAUAAUUUUUUCCUGGAUUUAUCUUUUGGUGUAAACCUAUGUGGAGUGAGAAUUGUUCAGUUGGGAUUAAAUGUUUGUGGUAGUCAGAUACUACCAUGGUCUGCCUAUCCGGUUUCAGUUCUUAAUUGAUUUGUUCUCUUCAGGGGUUGGUUUAGUCAGGGGUCCUCCGCAUCCAUCACGGGUCCUGAGCUUGCUGCCAUGGAUUCCGGUGGUGGGGAUGGCGAUAAAGUACCGUCUGAAAAAUGGAGCUUCUUUGGACCUAGAGCUCUUCAAAAACACACAGAUUCAGGUACAGCAACAUUUUAAGAAAACAGUCUUUAUGUAUUCAAAAAUAUGCGUUCUUCCAAAAAUACAGUCUUCAAAAAUAUGUGUUCAUUUUACAAAAGACCGGAGUAGCAAGCUUUUGCUUUAAAGACUAAAGGAGAAAAUAAACAUCACACUGUGGUACUUGUUUUGUCAAGGCAAGCAUUUUGGCUUGCCAGAAAGAACAAUCCCCCCUCUCCUCCCCUUGCUUACUAUUCCAGGGCUUCUCCUGAUGUCCCCAGAGCCAAUUUUGGGGUGUAUGGGGAGAGGAGGAGGGAAAGCCCCAUAGCACAAGUGAAAGCCCUUGUGCAGGAAUUCUGCUGAUGGGAGUCAACUGAUGUAUUAGUUGAGCCCUGCUCUAACGAAGAGUUAAAAUUAUGAAGAGACUUAAAAGUAAAUGGGAAGAAUUCAUUGUCAAUUGGAAUUGGGACUACAGAAGAGAAUGCAUAUAUCAAGGUGUGGCAUAUAGUAAAAUGUGUGUCCACAGCUUUCUGCAGUCUAUGGCUUUGAACUUGAAUGCUGCAUUCAAAGAUCGGAAAAUCAAACUUUGGAUUCAGUCUUGUACCCCGCCCCCCAACCACAUUAUUGUGCUUUUGUAACAGCAGCGUUAAUCCUAAAUUUGUAGUUAAUGUGGUUUUACUAAGUGUUAACUACUAGUGUUUUGUUUUGCCUUCAGUCAUAUUUGAUAGAGCAAUGUCUGUUCCAUAGUUUCCCAAUAAGCAAAGAUGCUCUGCCUACUUACUUCUUUUAAGAAAAAAUGUAGUGAAUAUUAUUCUGACUCUUUAACCAUCUGCAUUGCUCCUUUAAUGCUGAUUUGCCAGAACUAUUCCUGAAUCUUCCAGUGACAAUUAAAUUCUGUUCAAGGCCGUUGCCAUAGAUUAUGUGCAAAAAGCUUAUCACAAGGGGAUACUUGAGUUGCAGUUUUAGGUAUAGCUUCCUCAUAUGACUGUCACUAUAGGAAUACACAAAUAUCUUUUGUUGACAAAGAGAACUGCCACAUGCCACAUGGUGGUUAGUGCUUGUUGUUUAGUCGUUUAGUCGUGUCCGACUCUUCGUGACCCCACGGACCAGAGCACGCCAGGUUAGUGCUUAGAAUUUGAUGAAAUGGCAAUUGCUUACACAAGUCUUGAUUGUGCUGUACAUCUGCACAGAUGUGCGUAAUGGUUUGCUGCUUUUGCCUUUCUCUUAUCUCUUUUGUAUCCUCUUCUUCUCUCAGGGGGUUUUACCGUCCAGGCCUAUAAGGGUGCCCAGAAACCAACCCCAAUGGAACUAAUGCGUGCCCAGGCCACCAGGAUGGCAGAGGACCCUGCAACUUUCAAGCCUCCCAAGAUGGACAUUCCAGCUAUGGAUGAAAAGAAGCGGUCCCCACGUUCUCAUAACCUCAGACCCCGGGACAUGAAUGUGCUUACUCCUACUGGGUUCUAG